AUGGAAGAGCAAAAGCACAAACUACUCGACAAUGAUUAUCAGAAGCUCCGAUAUGAGAGAGACGACUCUCUUAGCAGUCUUGAAGCCUCCAGCUUCACCCUUCCUGCGAGCGACAAGCAUCAGAUGACACGGCGACGAUCUACCAUCCUCAUUCUUUAUGCCAUCUCUGGCCUAAUCUUUGCCGCUUUUUUCUACCUUCUAGGUCUUUAUUCUCCAGCUACUGUCUCCGAUCCAUAUCUUUCCAAAACAUUUGGGUCGGGACAUUGUGGUAAUUCUUCGGAGGAAGCGCUCAAGAACGGCUGCGUCUUCGACUUUAUACCCGGAGCCUGGGUACAUCCCGACUGCUACGAUGAGGAGCUUGAGAGAGAAUUCAUGGAACACGGCGAUUGGCACUGGUAUGCCGACCCCGAGGGCAACGAGGAGCUGUCGGAGGAGGUCAUGAGACGAACAGGUGGCCCGAAUCCCACCUACGUCUCACUGGAAUACCACGACUCCCACUGCGCUUUUACCUGGAGAAAGCUCCACCGAGCAAUUCUUCUAGGGAAACCAAUUGAUAGCCAGAUCAUCGGCCUAAGGGGAAAGUAG